AUGUCAAGGCCCCGACCAACGAUGAGACUCAAGUCUUCGCGCUUUACGGCUUCAAGAAGAAUGUCUCGGAAUCUCAAAGGCCGCAUGCCGAAUGCGGUUCAUCCGUCUUCAACAGAAGUACGGAUUCAAAGAGAAGGGGAAGGGGACCACGAGACAGGCUCUAAGGCUCUCGGGAUCUCAAAAGCAGCGUGCCGAAUGCGCUUUGUCCGGCUCCAACAGAAGUACGGAUUUAAAACGAAGGGGAAGGGGACCCCACGCCGACAGCAGGCACCGGCCUCUACCGAGAAAGAAGCAACUCCCACUAAGGAGUCCAAUUAG